CGUGCCAGCGCUAGACGGCGUCGGCAGCGAGGACGGGGCACAAAGGCGCAAGCGGCUGGAAUAGGGGGCAUUUACUGCUGAAACUGGCCAAACUGACAGGGCAGAGAAGAGCGUUUUAAGCGGCGACAUUUUCCUUGAUGGAGCAUAUAUUCCAUAAAUAUCCAUAUAGCUAUAGUAUAUUUUAAUGCUGUUUUAUUAUAACGUUUGUGUGAAGGAUUUCGCUUCAGCCCGCUGGUUGACGCGCAUCGUACAGGGAUGUGUCCGUAAACCGUAAAUAAGCAGAAAAUCGCUUGGUUGUUUCCUUCAGAAAUUGGACGCUUCUGCUCAGAAAAGGGAGAGUUGGAGGUUUGUGGAGAUGGGCAAACAUCCUGAAUCAGGUGAAACAUCGAACGGGAGUCCAUCGCUGCUCCCAGUCAGCACAGCGGAGCCGGUGAAAGAAGGGAUGCAGUUGAAGAAGGAGAUCUCGCUUCUCAAUGGCAUCAGCCUAAUCGUGGGAAACAUGAUUGGCUCGGGCAUCUUCGUCUCCCCCAAGGGUGUACUCAUCUACAGUGCCUCCUUCGGGCUGUCGCUAGUCCUCUGGGCCAUCGGAGGAAUAUUCUCAGUGGUUGGAGCACUUUGCUACGCUGAACUUGGCACCACCAUCACCAAGUCGGGUGCCAGCUACGCCUACAUCCUGGAGUCCUUUGGCGGCUUCAUUGCCUUCAUCCGCCUGUGGACGUCUCUCUUGAUCAUCGAGCCCACCAGCCAGGCUAUCAUCGCCAUCACGUUCGCCAACUACCUCAUCCAGCCGCUCUUUCCCAGCUGCGAGCCACCUUACGCCGCCUCACGUCUCAUCGCUGCCGCUUGUAUCUGCUUUUUGACGUUCAUAAACUCGGCCUACGUGAAGUGGGGCACUCGCGUCCAGGAUAUCUUCACCUACGCCAAGGUUAUAGCCUUGAUAGUCAUCAUCGUCACAGGCAUCGUGAAACUCUGUCAAGGACACACCAUAAAUUUUGAGGAUUCCUUUCAAGGCUCGUCCUGGAAACCAGGUGACAUCGCCCUGGGCCUCUACUCUGCGCUGUUCUCCUACUCUGGCUGGGACACGCUCAACUUUGUCACAGAGGAGAUAAAAAACCCGGAAAGAAAUCUGCCUUUAUCAAUCGCCAUCUCCAUGCCAGUUGUCACUGUGAUCUACAUCCUCACCAACGUGGCUUACUAUGCCGUCCUGGACAUGGGGGCUAUUCUUGCGAGUGAUGCUGUUGCUGUGACCUUUGCUGACCACACGUUGGGCGUGAUGAGCUGGACUAUUCCCAUAGCUGUGGCUCUGUCCUGCUACGGGGGUCUCAACGCUUCCAUCAUUGCGGCCUCCAGGCUUUUCUUCGUGGGUUCUCGCGAAGGCCACCUCCCACACGCCCUCUCGAUGAUUCACGUAGAGAGAUACACACCCAUCCCUGCUCUCCUCUUCAACUGUGCCAUGGCGUUGAUCUACCUGGCCGUGGAAGACGUCUUCCAAUUAAUCAACUAUUAUAGCUUCAGCUACUGGUUCUUCGUGGGUCUGUCCAUUGCUGGGCAGAUCUACCUGCGCUGGAAAGAACCAGACAGGCCAAGACCUCUCAAGUUGUCUCUGUUCUUCCCCAUUGUAUUCUGCUUCUGUACUGUGUUCUUGGUGGCUGUGCCCCUCUACAGUGACACCAUUAACUCUCUCAUCGGAAUCGCCAUCGCCCUCUCUGGGGUGCCCGUUUACGUGCUCGGCAUCUAUUUACCAGAGUCCAAAAGGCCGCCCGUCAUCAAAAAACUGCUCCGUUCCCUCACACACUUCACGCAGUUUACCUGCUGCUGUGUGCUCACAGAGAUGGACAAGGCGGACUAGACCCGCGCUCUGCCAAGCACACUAUACACUCACCUUGGGGAUCCAGUAACCUUUGUAGCUUUCAGUUCGUCACACCGGGGGCAGUGCCUGCAAGACUGAGAAAUGUCUCCUUGUUAUCGUACCACAUCGACUCCUCCAAAGGUCUUUUGAACAUUUCAGGACUUCAUGCCUUAGCACGAGAUGGUCAGAUCACCAUGUUCAGCAGUGGAUGGCUUCACACAGCUUCACCUUCAGGGUUUGUUCCAGUGACAGGCAGUGUUGCUGGGUGCCGCUGGUCGGUGCUCGGCUGUGGAGAACCACAAACAGUAUGUAUGUGUGGCCUAAGGUGCUGGCUAAUGCACCAGGGCUCACUGUGUUGUGGAUUAUUUUGUUCUGCUUCAGUGCUAGACCUGACAUUUAUGUUAUCAAAUGUUCCUCGAUACUGUAACACCAGUGUAUACCUCUUUAAAAAUAUAUUUUUCAGCUUUUACUAUCUCAGACUUUUUAAUCUCCCUAAGUAUGGCUGCACAAAGAAUAAAAUAAUUGAGACUGGCUUUCGCAAGCAAGGGGAAGGAAGCUUUGGGAAGGUAGAGGUUUCUUUUCAUUUUUGGGAAGUUUGUGGAAGGACAUAGAAGGUGUUCUGGCUCCACCCAAAGCAGCUCUUUGUGUCCGUGCCCAUCUGUGCAGGAAGAAUCAUCAGCCAUCGUGGUACAAUGCAGUUAUAUUUUUCUGUAUUGUGUUGUUUUUAGCCAAAAAGAAAAAUCGUGCAAGUACCACAUACUGCUCUCUGGAAGGUCGAGCAAGCUCACUGCAUGCAGUGACAUGAACAGCACUGCUUAGUGUCAGCCACUGUGAGCAAUUAACUUCCUGACCUCUAAAGAGGCUGAACAUCCAUUCUCCGUUUGCAUUUUACGGUGCUGGGCACCUCUGCCAAAAGAUGCCUUUUUGUCUUGCCUGACUUUCCUAAAAUUAUAAUGUUUACAAUUUUACAGAUAUAUAGUUUAGCGUUUGUAAACACCAGUGGGGAUUCUUAUUUUUUUUCAUCUAUUGAACGGUUUUUGUUCCUCUGGAAACGCAGGCAAUGGUUUGUAAUGCUUGUGUUGGUUACUGGGCAGAUGCUCUGGUGUUCAGUGUGACGAUUAAAGUCGUGGGGGGGGUCACAUCCAGCAAUAUAGCUUUAAUGUUCAAACAGCUGUUUUGCAUAAUUUAUUCUCAAACUCUAAAUAAAGUUUUAUUUUAAACCUUA